GCUCCGAGUCUCGCUUCCGCCAGGCACCUUUGCGGCUCCCUGAACGAGGUCCGCCGAGGCCAGGACGCUGACGCCGCCAGAGGAAGCUGAGCUAGCGGGCCGAGGGACCCGAGAAGGCUACUUCCGGGGCGUGGCUUCCCUGCCCUCGGCCAGGAAGAAGAUGCAAGCCAGCCCCAUCCGCAUUCCAUCCGUCAGCAAUGACACCGACUGGGACUUCUGCUUCCACUUGUCACAGCAAGCUAAGGUCCCAGCAUACCAGCAAAGAGAUGAACUGUAUUCCUCUAGUGGGUCUGGAGAGAGUGAAGAAGACACUGAAGCCAUGGAGGAGAUGGCCGUAGGCUGCAUGUCUCUUCCUAAAGACAAAUUGGCCCAAUCCCAGAAGAAAAUAACUCAGCUGAUUAAGAAAAAAAUGAACAUCCAAGCAAACAAGGAGCUGAUUCGCUGUGUCAUCCUUUCUCGGAUUAUUUUUGGGGAAGAACACUGGAAAUGUGCACAGGCUUUGGCCAGCCUGGCUUAUGGCUACCUGACCCUGAGAGGCCUCCCAGCUCAGGCCAAGAAACAUGCUGAAUCUGCCAGAACCACACUGCUGACCUGGAAGGGAAACACGACCUCACGCAAGGAGAAGAAGGAAAUCCUGGGUACACUGGUCAUGCUCUACUACACCGUGGGCGUGGCCUGGCUCCUACAGAACCGUGGCAGAGAGGCUUAUUUCAACCUGCAGAAGGCAGACAAAAACAUGAAAGAGCUGAAAGAAUUAUAUAAGGGAAGUGUUCGCAGAUUACAAGUCUCGGAGAAAGACCUGACGAUCGCUUUGGGCAGAGCCUCCUUGGCCGUCCACAGAUUGAACCUUGCUCUGGCAUACUUUGAAAAGGCAAUUGGCAAUGUUAUUGCUGUGAAGGGUGAUAGGGCAUCAGAUCUGGUCAGUCUGUAUGAGGAGAUCGCGCAGAUCGAGCAGCUGAGGAGGAACCAUGAUCAGGCCAUUCAGUACUUGCAGCAGGCCUAUUCUGUCUGUGUUUCUUUGUUCACUGAAGUCAGCCCCCAAACUGCAGAGGCAAGCGCGUUACUAGCCAAGGCUCAUGCCCUGUCUGGAGAGGCCCAACACAGGGAUGCUGUUGAGACAUAUUUUAUAAAAAGUAUCAGUGCAUAUCAAGCAACAUUGGGCCCCACGGAUUAUGAAACACUGGCAACCACUGAAGAAUUUUGCAAAUGGCUUAUCCAAAAUGGGGAAAAAGAGGAAGCUUACAGACUGCUAAAGGCCUCACUGAAGUCUCAGGUCACCACCUAUGGUGACUGUAGUGAAAAAGUGGCUGAAACUUUUUACAUCAUGGGCAGGAUCUGCUUUGCCAAAGGAGAGCUCAGAAAGGCGAUUCAGCUACUAAGGAAGUGUCUGAUGAUUCAAAUCCUUUUAUAUGGAAGUGAGCACAGUAAAAGCAGAGACACAAAAGACCUCCUUACCCUGAUGCAGAGGGCAAGCAGUUGUUCAUCCAGGUGGAGAAGACAAGCCAUUCCUGGACGAAGGAACUGUGUAUACAAAGGCCCCGAGGUGUGACAGAAGACAGUAUAUCGAAGCAAUGAGCUAGCUCUGGAGACAGACAAGCCUGCGUUCAGAUCCCAGGGCCACCACUUUCUAUCUGCAUGUAACCCUGGUUUCUUCACCACAGAAUGGAGAUGAGAAGAAUACAGGUCUCUUAGUGUUGCCGUGAAAGUAAAAUGUAUGUGAAGUGGUUAGUAAGGUGCCUCGCUCUGUAGUAAUCAUGUAACAAAUAACAGCUAUUUUUAUUUUUACUGAAGCCUGGGCUUGCUUUAAGUUUAUUAUCUUCUAGUUACAACAUUUGGUACAUGAAGCACAAGGAGAUGGGGGCUGGUAACUAUUCUUGGUAAAAAGCUACCACACCAAGCUGGUGUGGAAAACACUUCACUCUUCCAUCUCAAAAGUGAGCUGGAUGGAGCUUAUCAGCCCUUGGAAGCAGACAAUGUGACACA